CGGCCGGCGUCGCCUGGCGGGCGGCCGUUGGCGGCGGCGGCGGCGGCGGCUGGCGGCGGCGAGGCGCGGCGCGGCGCCGCCAUGAGCGGGCUGGCGCGGGUGCUGCGCCGGGGGGCGGCCCUGGGGCGGGCCGGGCGGCUGCCGGGGGGCGGCAGGGCCGGGGCGCGGCGCUGGGGCUGGGGGCUGGCGCUGGGGCUGGCGCUGGGGGUGCAGGCGCCGGGGGUGCAGGCGCCGGCGGGCUGCGAGGCGGACGUGCGGCUGGAGGCGGCGGAGGCGGCGCCUCGGGACUUUGGCGGGGCCAUCGAGAGGAGCCGGGACCUGCUGCGCAGGGUCAAGGAUGAAGCAGGAAUCCCAGGUAUACUGGUUGGAGUUUCUGUAGAUGGAAAGGAAAUCUGGUCAGAAGGUUUGGGUUAUGCUGAUGUAGAGAAUCGUGUAAUAUGUAAACCAGAGACGAUCAUGCGAAUUGCUAGUAUUAGCAAGUGUCUUACCAUGAUGGCUGUUGCUAAAUUGUGGGAAGAAGGAAAGCUGGACUUAGAUGCUCCAGUACAGAAAUAUGUCCCUGAAUUUCCAGAAAAAAUCUAUGAGGGUGAAAAGGUUGUUAUUACUACAAGACUGUUAGUUUCACACUUGAGUGGCAUUCGUCACUACGAAAAAGAUAUUACAAAAGUAAAGGAAGAGAAGGAAAAGGCAAACAGAGCAUUUAAACUAACAAAACCUAACCAGGAGAAGGAACUGAAAGAAAAAGAAGCUAAAGGCAUUGAAAAAACUGAUUCUGUCAAAGCUAAGAAAGAACAUGAAGAGGAGGUAAAAAGCCGAAAUUCAAAACCUGGCAGGAGAGACAAGGAAUUUGAACAAGAAGAGUAUUAUUUGAAAGAAAAAUUUGAAAGUGUGAUUGAAUCACUGAAGAUAUUUAAAAAUGAUCCUUUAUUCUUUAAACCAGGUAGUCAGUUCUUGUAUUCAACGUAUGGCUUUACCCUCUUAAGUGCUGUUGUGGAGAGAGUUUCAGGACAAAAAUUUACAGAUUAUAUGCUAAAAAUGUUUCGGGACCUGGAUAUGCUCUCAACUGUACUGGAUGAUAAUGAAGCAAUGAUAUAUAACAGAGCAAGGUGUUAUGUUUACAACAAAAAGGGACGGCUGGUAAACGCACCAUAUGUGGACAACUCUUACAAGUGGGCUGGUGGUGGCUUUCUGUCAUCAGUAGGUGACCUUCUGAAAUUUGGAAAUGCCUUGUUGUACAGUUACCAAGUUGGACGAUUUAAAAACACUAAUGUCAAACUGCUUCCUGGGUACCUCAAACCAGAUACAGUCGCAAUGAUGUGGACCCCAGUGCCAAAAACUGAAGUAUCGUGGGACAGGGAUGGUAAAUACGCCAUGGCUUGGGCUGUAGUAGAGAAGAAACAACAAUGUGGCUUUUGCAGACAGCAGAGACAUUAUGCUUCCCAUACAGGUGGUGCAGUGGGGGCAAGCAGUGUCCUCCUCAUUCUUCCUGAAGAGCUGGACUCUGAAGCCGUGGGUAAUGGGCUGGUGGCACCACCUAGAGGAGUAGUCGUUACUGUUAUCUGUAAUAUGCAGUCGGUUUCCCUCAACAGCACUGCCUUAAAGAUUGCAAGGGAAUUUGAUAAAGAAAAAUGGGUGCAAUACGUAGAUUAAAAGAAAAAAACAGAUUUGAGUAACCGAACUACUGUACUGAAACAUGGAAAAAAAAAUAAAUGGAGAGGGGUACAGCUGAAGUCUGAGAUUGCUAAGAAUACAUGAGAGAAAGUAUCAAAAAUUCCCUUAAUUAACUUCCACUAGUGGUGCUACAUUUUCAUGUAACUGGAUUCAUCUCUCAGGGAAGUUCCUAGCUUAUAGAAGAGAAUGUAAAAGUUGAAUUUGACUUCCUGUGUUACCCAUGUAAAUUAUCAUUAUAUUGGCGGGUCUUGUUUUUGUGUGUUUUUUUUUUUUUUUUCCCUCUCUCCCCCUCAUCCAGUCAAGCACUUGACCAAGAUUAAAGAACUAGUAUUGGUUUCUUUUACUGGGAAGUACAGCAACAAAUUAUCUAACUUAAAUGUUAACCUUGUAAAAAAAUUUUCACAUCUUGAUUUGAGCACACAAAGGCUUAAUUUCUUUCACAAUUCAGGUCUGCCAAAACUGUUCAGUAUUAUUUAAAAAAGUUUUAGUAUUGAUUUUAGAUUUUUACAGAGGUUUUCUUAUUUGUUUAAAAAGCAAAAAACAAAUCCUGAAGCUACCUCCAGAAUGCAGAUUUAUACCAGAAGUACAUUUUUAUCAAAGACGUGGACUGUUGAAGAAUUAAAAAAGAAUGAAGCUAGAGUAAUGUGAGUAAAAAUCUUUUCACUGUGUAGCUGUGGGCUCUUCCAAUUUUUCUUGAGCACAGAGAAUGUGUGAAACUUUCCUACUGUGAAAUAAGGGUGUUAUUUCACAGUUGAAUAUGCCAGAAUAGCACAACAUGGUGAGCCAUCAAACCAUCUCUCCUUGCAAGGUAAAUCAGCCACGAUGUGCAUGUGCUAACUUAGCUUUGGUAGUAGAAGUGGUAGCUAAUAGCCAGAAAUAGCACUGUAUUCUGGUAUGUAGAUAGAGCUUUAGAUAAAGAGAAUAAGAACUCAACUUCAAUGAAAUUUAAAGGCUGUUCUUGAAGCCAGGAGUAAAAGUCUUACAGAUGGAGAGGUGGGGUUUUUCUUUUCUUUUUCUUUCUCCCCCCCCCCCCCCCCCCCCCAAAUAACUGUCCUUUUUCCCGUUCUGAAGACCUGCCUUAAGGAGUUACUUUUGCACAAGUUGAGCAAGAAAUUAUUGUGGCAGGUUUCCAAAGAAGCUACAGCUAAGCUUCAUUUUUAUUAUAGGAGUAUAAUGACAGCUCGCUAUUGUGAAUUCUAUAUAGUCCAUAAUGGCAUCUCUUUUUUCUCAAGGGCAUCAAAAAGCCAUUUACUGCUCAGUCAUCCCUUUACUGAUCUGUGUUUUCCCCAGUCCACUUUUGUUCAAAAUGGGUUUUAAGUAUCUCAAUAUAGGAAAUUAUGUGCCCUUUUGGAGGGACAUAUUUUUCUAUUGUCCAUGUGCCCUAACUGAAAAGGGUUUCGACUACUGCCUUUUCUUGGUGUCAGACAAUUUUGGAAUAUUUAUCAUAGCUCUUGAGAGCCUCUGUACUGUUCCUAAUGCAGAAAAUAAUAAAAUUUCUGUCCCAUAACAUUAGAUUUGGAAUACUUCAAAAGGUGGAGUCUUUUUUCCUUUUUUAAAUUGGUAACAAUUUCUCAUGCUAGCUGUAUCACAGCCUUUGCAACUUCUUACAUGUUUAGCAUGAGGCAGCGCAGACUGAACUGUUUUAGUGUGUUCUCCACUUAAAUUAUCCCUUUCACAUGUAUCUUUUGGUUAAGUUUGUCAUCAGGAGAUCUUUGAUACUGUCUUUAGGAGAAUUCCCACGUUUCUUGUACAGUGCUAAGCAUGAUGUCAGUCCCAAAACAGCUGGGAAAUGAAAUAUGGUACAAAUUUAGCAUGACAUAUACUUGAGACUGUAGGGAUACUGUAUAGUGUAGGAGUUACCAUUUCCAGUUACCAGUGUUGCAGUCCAUAUAUUAAUUCUUGAGAGAACUAGCAUGUGUAAACUUGGAGGUGGUCAGAGUGAAAAUAAUGCUCUGAUGAAAGAUAGUUCGUUGUCUUCUUGCUGCAAAUUCCAAUCAGUGUAAAAUCAGUGUAAUAGGAUUGGAUUUUAGAAAACAGGAAAGUUAGGUAUUUCUGUAUUAUCACUUUUUAAAAAUUUUUUUUUAAACAGUAAAUAUGUGGUCUCAAUUCACUAACUCUUAAACAGUUUGCUUCUUUAAUGGAUUUGAUUGCCUCUGCGGAGUAUCUUCUCAAUAUUACUGCUGUUAGACAAAUGCCACUAACUCAUUCUAUGCCCACACCUUUGGUUUAGCGUGCAGCUGCCAUUAGCUACUAUUGGUAGAUUGCAUCCCACAUUUUUUUCUGUGGUGCUAGUACGUUUGAUCGUUUGCAGAGCUGGUGCUCGGAGCCUUGUUUUGCAUGUUUCACCAACAGUUUUUUCACAGGACUGCAAGGACUGUUUUUUUGUUUUUGUUUUUUAAACAAAGAACUCCUCUUUCCCUGCAGUUAGAUCAGAUGCUUUUUUCCAGCCUGUGACAACACAAAAUACUCUUUAGAAAAGAUUUGAGUGCUUAUGUCCCAGUACUGUUUAGCAGCUGUGUGUCUCUGAACCUGGGGAGAAAGAUGUCUCAGAUGACAGCUGAGAGAAGAUGGCCUUACCUGCCUCUUCCGCAAGCUAGUGCUUCUCAUGUUAAGUUCAUAAUUGAUAGCUGCUGUGUGGUGAAAUAAUAAUACUGUCAGCUCUGUUCCCAGUAUGCCUAUGAUUACAGCUACUAAGACUGACAAACCAGGAAAUGUACUAUUAUGAGGUGUCAGUGUUUUAUCGAGAUUUCUAAUUCAAGAUGGUAUGACUGUUUUAGCACUUUUCAUGAUUAUACAUAACCAUUCUUGUGCCUUAAAGCAAUAAAAGAUUUUCAUCUAUAUUUCUUGCUUGGGUUUUCUGGCCCACCAAAAUUUCAUUUUUUUUUUAAUUCAUUAAUAAUGAGUUGUCUUCAUAGCUCAAAAAUAUCAAACCAGUAGAGAAAAUAUAGGCAUGAAAACCUUUCUGAACAAAAUCUUAAUUUGGUCAAGCAAUAAAUUCAUCUAAUUUUUCUUUGAAAUCUUUAGUAAUAGUUGACAGUUCCAAUACAGAAGUACUGGAGAGGAGCAUCUUCUACAAUGGCAACAUGUUUUCAGUCUUGAGCACCUAGUACCUGGUGAGCAUGCGACAGCAGAAGUCAUUGCUUAUUUUAGGCAGGGAACAACUAAUUUGUUCAGAGUUGUUUUCAUGUCAAGGACACAUUAACAGAAAUUGAACAAAUACAAUGUUUUAAAUAGAAACUCUGGAAACUAACAUUGGUACUAUAAGAUUUAUAGCCUGUUUUUCUUGUGUGAUAUUUUUAUUUUGCAAGUCACCUUUUUUUUUUGUAUAAUUGUUCUUGAAAAGCAUUUUGCGUACUUUAGAAAACAGAUUUCAUUCAAUGACUGUUGCGUUUAGGUUUAGAUUAAGAUUCAGCAUGUAAGAAGUGUGAGUUUAUCAGUAUGCUUGUCUACACGUGACCAAAUAUGCAUCAUGAAUGAAUAUUUGACAUAUGUAUGAAAGCAAAUAAUGGCCAGAAGUGUCUAAGGUAUUUCUAACGCUAAGCUACUAAUGAUACUAUUGUAGUACUCACUUGACAAGUAGAAUGGUAGAAUGGUUAGCAGUUAACUUUACAUGCAGAGACAACAUUCUUUAUACUAUAUCUCUGGUAACUUAAGGCUUUAAAAAAAAAUCAGUGUUCAGAUGUCACUAGCCUAUUGUCAUGUGUACAGUAUUGGAAACAUUACAAUGUUUACAUUUCACCUUCUAGCACCUGUAGCAAAAUGGGUCACUGACUUCCUUUGAAUGGGUGAUUCUUACUUAAUCAUGACUUUUAAGUUCUCAUAUGUUGGGGGUGGGGAGAAAAAGCAGUGAUAUGGGGGAGCAGGAAUCAGUUCUGGUUUCAGCAUGUGUAUUCAGGUCACAGAUGUGAAUUAAUAUUGCUACUCUGAUCUUUAUUCUGAAACCACUUGUUUGAUGGACUGGCAUUAAGUGUGGGCAACUGUCUGGUCAGUCAAGAGCAACCUCAGUGAUAAACAUGCUCUUAAAUUAACCUUUACUGUGAAAACACAGUAUGGCACUGACUUAAAACUACUUUCCUUAAAAGGCAUGUAUACUAAAUUGGUGUAUUUGUUUCUCCACCAAACACCUGCUUUUUGCAUCUGAUAAUUAUCAGUGUUCACUGAAUGCAUUAACUGAAAUAAAACAUAUCUUGCAAAUGCACUUAAUUAUAAUAUCAAGUUUUUUUAUUGACUAGACACUGACAAAUUUGCUACCAUUAAAAAAGAAUACAAGUUCAAUUCCCAACAACAAUCAGCUCACCAGGACAGCUGGUAUUUUGAAAAAUACGUUGUUAUGUAACUGAAGAUAUUAUUUAGUAAAAUAAGAUGCAUAUAAGAUUA